AUGAAGCACCCUUUCCGAGUCAUCGUAGUCAUGUGGACAACGCUCCUUCUUGCCGCGUCCCGAGCUGCAGCCGCGCCGAUGCUGCCAGAGACCAUAGCAGAGGAGGCUAGCAAGAAGACCCUCGAGGCGCUGAGACAACGUCUCACCCCGCUGCAGCUGCCCAGAGCCCCUCAUCAGUUCGCCUACCAAUUUCCGCCAGCUCCGUUCACAAACAAGGUCGACGAGCUCGAGUUUGAUCUGGUCACUCUGCCAAAAAUUCGUACCAAGCCAGCCCGAGAGCCGAAGCCGCGGGUGUACACCAUCAUGGAGUACGAGACCCCCUCUCCUCCGUAUCUCACGGCAAAGACGGACACUGAGAAGCACAGUUCCGCUGCUUCCCACGACUGUCGCCUGAGCUGGUGGGAUACGUUCAUGGCAUCUCUGUUGUGGGUCGCAUCUCAGCAUCCGCCCUUUUGCCGCCCAUGCAUGGCGUAUCGAUCGGAGCCGGCCGAGGCAGUGCUGUAUAUAACCUGCGGCCCACCUCCCUUUCGAGCUCCUUCAGGCUCUUUCUCGUCCAUUCCAUCCAAGCCAAUCAUCAUGAAGGCGUUCCAGAUCUUGUUCUUCUCUGCCCUGGUGGCCUGUACAUUCUCCAUGGUUGCCGCGGUACCGGUACCGCUUGGACCCGGAUUCGAGAAGGUCGUCAGAGAAGGCACGAGCGCUGAGGAGGAUGGAAUCGCCAGCCUCACCAACGGGCUCCGGAAGCUCGAGAUCAAGGCUUCACGACGAGUGGCAUCCGAAGUCAACGAUCCCGUCGCGCCUCGUCACACCUCGAGCGGCGCACAGAGAGCCAAGCAGCUGUGGGAAGAUCUUACCAUCGGAGAGUCGACUAUCAAGAGGGGACGCGACAGCGAGACUAGUUCUGCAGCCCGCACAUCUCGACAAAGGCAGUAG